CGCCCCGGGCUGGGCACGGCGGCGGCCGGGAGGGGACGGGGCCCCGGCCGCGUGAGGCGUUGGGCCCGUGGCGGGACCUGCCCGCAGCGCUCUCUUUCUUCCUUUCCUUCUUUCUCCGCCGGCGGCCGCCUUCCGCCGGCUCCCCCCGCCAUGUCCCACCCGCGCGUGCGGCGCGGCGGCUCCCCGACCCCGGGCACCGCGCUGGGGGGAGGCGGCGCGGCGGCGGCGGCGGCGGGCGGCGGAGCGGGAGCGAGCAGCCGCCUCCAGCCCAUGCGGGCCACGGUGCCCUUCCAGCUCAAGCAGCAGCAGCCGCAGCAGCAACAUGGCAGCCCCACGAGGAGCGGCGGCGCGAGCGCCCCGGCCGGGGGGCUCCCACGCGCGGCGCCCUCCUCACGCAGCAUCAGCCCCACGCGUGCGGCGCCCACCGGCGGCAGCGGCCGCAGCGGCCCCGCCACGGCCCCGCAGCCGCCGGUGGGGGGGAGCAGCGCUGCCGCCGCCUCGACAGCCUCGUCCUCGCGGGGCAGCCCCACGCGCGCUGGCGGGGCCCGGGGCAGCCCCCCGCGGCCCCACCAUCUUCCGCCGCCGCCUCCCCCCCCGCCGCCACCGCCGCUGGGCUGCGGGCCCUCACCUUGCUCCUCCCCGCUGCCGGAGGGCAGCGCCACGGCGGCGGGCAGGGUCCGGCACCGGCGGCAGUCGCCAGAGCAAGGCAGGAGCUCGCCGGAGAGGAAGAGCCCCGGCUCGCCGGGCUGCAGAGCUGACAAGUCAAGACCACCGUCAUCAAGCCCUUCCAGUAUUAUUCGCCGGACUUCCUCGUUGGACACACUUGCUGCUCCCUACCUUGCUGGACAGUGGCCUCGUGAUAAUCAUGGACAAGCUGUUCCAUGUAUGAGAGACAAAGCCACUCAGACUGAAAGUGCCUGGGCUGAAGAAUAUUUAGAAAAGAAGAGAAGCUCACACAAACGUUCAGCAUCGUGGGGCAGCACAGAUCAACUCAAGGAGAUUGCAAAAUUGCGUCAACAAUUGCAGAGAAGCAAACACAGCAGUAGGCAUCAUCGGGAUAAAGAAAGACAGUCUCCAUUUCAUGGUAACCAUGCAGCCAUUAACCACAGUCAGGCUCCAGUCCCAAAGAGUGCUCUUGUUCCUGUGAUACCUAUUACCAAGUCAACAGGAUCGCGAUUCCGAAACAGUGUAGAAGGACUGAAUCAAGAGAUUGAGAUAAUUAUUAAGGAGACGGGAGACAAAGAAGAACAGCUUGUUCCUCAAGAUAUUCCAGAUGGGCACCGUGCACCACCUCCAUUAGUUCAGCGGAGUAGUAGUACUCGCAGCAUUGAUACCCAAACGCCUGGUGGAGCAGACAGGGGUAGUAAUAAUAGCAGCCGUUCCCAGUCAGUAUCUCCAACCUCAUUUCUUACCAUCUCUAAUGAGGGCAGUGAGGAAAGUCCAUGUUCUACAGAUGAUCUUCUUGCUGACUCCAGAGAUAAAGAGAACGGAAAUAAUUCUCCCUUGCCAAAAUAUGCUACCUCACCAAAACCCAACAACAGCUACAUGUUCAAGCGUGAACCACCAGAGGGCUGUGAAAAAGUGAAAGUCUUUGAGGAAAGCUUGCCAAAGCCUCUGCAUGAAAUACCAGCCUUCUACUGUCCUGACAAGAACAAAGUGAAUUUCAUUCCUAAAAGUGGCUCUGCUUUCUGUCUUGUCAGCAUCCUCAAGCCACUUCUUCCCACACAGGAUCUUACACUCAAGGGCACUACACACAGCCUGACUGUCUCCUCCAGCAUGACACCCGGUUUGUUGCAGCCAAUUUCUAUGGCUUCAUUGUCUGCGAACACGGAUCAAGACAGGAUCUCCCGUGGAACAAGUACAGUAAUACCACAGACCUCUAUACUCCAGCAAUCAGGACAUAUUGAGGAAGCUGAAGGGUAGAUAUAGAUUGUCUUGAAAUUUUUCUGGGCGACUACUGGGAAAAAUUGGAACCAGUUGACUGGAUCUUUCUGAUCACGCUAUUUGCAUUGUUUUAACAACUUACGGCACUGUCAUAAUUGACCUGUUCAUAUACUUGACAGUUUGGUAGCACAUUAAGUUCAGGAUGAUGCAGCAGCUGAUGCUCUGUUGCACUUUCUGCUUGUGAAGACUGCAGUUCUGUUUCUCAUCUGCUUUUUUUUUUUAAACACUGGUGAAAACAAAAGCUGUCAUAAUCCUUUGCCAUUUAAAGGACCAGUUGUUGUGAUGCUGUGUAUCCUUUGACUUUUUCCAUUAAAAGAAAAAACUCAAGAUCAACCAGCUAACCCCAUUUUACCAUUAUAACCCGCAGAGGGAGGGGCAAUCAAAUGGUUUUGCAAGAUGUUUUUUGUAUGAAAAUGUGUAUUUUAUAACAAAGACUUUUGUGGUGUGUAGCAGAUAGUGUUUAAAAGAUACUUUUCUGGUGACAAUUCUCUCCCCCCUUUCCCCACACACGCUUUUUUUAGUAGGGAAGUUUCUUUUUACUUGGCUGUUUUACAGCUACUGGGACCAAAGGAUUGCUGAAGUAUUUCAGCAGUCUCAAAUUAUGUGACCUUGCUGAACAGCCUCAGCCCUAAACAAAAUAAGACAAAGUAAUGUGUUUGAAAAUUUUAAAACUGAAGAGUAUCUAAAAAGCAGUGUUAGUAUGUGGUCUACUUUUUUUUGUUGAUAUCGUAAAUUUGUGCUUCCGGUAAGUCACGUUCUUAAAACUCCUUCCAUCACCCAGUUCCACCCAGUGUUGGUUUAUUGGCUGGAGAAUUACAUUCUAAAGCACUUGUCCCAGUAGUGUUCCAUUUGUCCAUACGAUUUUUGUGCAGGGGUGGGAAAAACAUGUUACCCUCCUGUUCUCUAUUCUUCCAGAAAAUAUGCUACUUGCCUCUUACAGGUUUGCUUGGCUACUUACAGAGUUGGUCAGCCUGAGUCAUUAAUCGCUCUUGGCACAGUGAUGAGUCACAACAGAGCAAGUUUGUAUUAUAGACCCUAGCCACAUAAUAAUGAAAUACCUGUGCAUGAUUCCCUCUCUUUUGUCAUAGUGUUUUGUGCAUCCUUGAAGGUGAUGGCUCGUCAGCCUUGGCAUCCGUUACACAGUAGUUCACAGUGCCAGACACAUUCUCUCUUUUUUGACUAGCGAUUUAGACUGUCACGUAAAACAGGAUUUUUUGACACCUAGUCUAUCCUCAUAUGCAGCAGUUUAUGGUUUCUUUGAAGUUAUAGUAAAAGGUGAAAAUAGGGGAAAGGGCCAUUUCAAAUGGAAGCUGUUCAGGAACUUCAGUGAGGUUUCUCUUGUGUUCCUGGAGUUUAUUACUUGGGUUUAAGUAUAUACAACAUAGAUAUGCAAAAAACUGCAGUGACUUGAAUACCAGUGUCAUAUCAACUUAUAAAACGUUUGCCUUGUACCCUCUUUACAGAGGUAGAUUCAGUAAGUUCAAAUUAAUGUCACUGUGGAUACUCUGUGGGUCUGAAUAUUGGUCUGUUAUACAUGAGCAGUUCUCACUGACUUGCAUUUAUGAUGCCUCCAUGGUGAAGACUCAGUCCCCCCAUCGCCUCCCCCCAGUUACAUGUAAAGAUUAUACCGCAAAUUUAACAAAGUUGUUCAGUGCUCAUUAUGCUGAAUUUGAUUGCAAACGUUUCACUUAAAAAAACAAAGUUAUGUGCAUACCUUUGCAGAUAAUAGUCAUAGUUUUGAUGCACACUUACUGUUCCUGUAAAUCCCACGUACAUAACUGUCUUAUAGCAAUAAACUUUACUGAGCAAGUAAGUGUAAAUCACACUGGCCUAUACAAGUCCUGCAUUCAGGGUGAAUUGAGACCCUGUUUAAAACAUUAUGCAAGAAUUCAGCAAACGAAAAAUGUAACAGGAGGUAUUCAAAUAUUAGAUCUGUUAAACUAGUAAAUGAGCAGAAUUUCAUUUGUUAUCUUUCUUCCCAUUAAAAUAGAUAGAUGUGUGCAGAUGGGAUUAAAGAGCUCUGUUUUGAAGUAACAGCUCUGAUUUACACUGAAGAAGUUGUUGAGGGGGAGAAGGUUUUAAAAUAAGUGGGUUUGUGCAUCAAAUUUGUGUAAUAUGACCAGUUGAUGGUUCUUUUCUAGGUUUUGUGGAUAUUAAUUUCUUCUGAAACAGUUGCAGAGAAAGUUGAAGUCUAAGAUACGCUGCUUUAGAUAGGUUGUUUAAAACUGGUAUGACUGGAUUCACAGAAGAUGGGAUCAUUCAGGUGAAGAAAGUUUGUGUAAGUCUGUUUUCUAUUUCUGUAGCAGUAGCUUGUAAAGAGCUUCUCCAUCAAUGCCAAAAUGCACAGUGCUUUAUCAGGAGAUCUUAACUGAAUGGUUAAGAAUCGAAGGGCUAAAGUUAACAUAUAGCCUUUAUUACAGCCUUGAGACUUAACUGGUUUCACCAAAACUGCAUUCUGAUGUUUGUUUUCAUCAGAGUAAUUCUCCCAAAUAGCAGUGGGCUUUCUUAACCUGGGACUUUUUUCCACUUGUUGUUGUAGUACUCAAGCAUCUCUUCAGUAGUUUACAUUGUAUGUUAUCAGACAAUGUACUGUAUAAAUUAGUGAGCUGCUCUGAUUUAAAAAAAAAAAAAAUGUAUGAGGACUUUGCUUUUUAUAAAAACAAAUGGGAUUCAAGACAAUGUUCAAUUUUUUUUAUGUACAGGAUUCUGUUGAUUGCUGUGGCAGCUCUACUUUAAUGUGAAUCCACACUAAAGACUCAGAAAAUACAACAGUUCUUGUUCUAAGACCAGCCUUUACAUGUAUGCACACAAAAAAUAGCCUUAAAUUUCACAUGUGCUGUCUUGUGCCAUUAGCAGAGCUGCAAGGUAAAGUAUUUAAAUCAAAAUAACUGAGAGCGUGUAGAACUUUUUAAAAACCUCUUAUGUAUAGAGUUAGAAUAUUUGGCUUUAUGGGGGGUUAAUCUGUGCAUUGUUCAAGCACAGUCUUAAUGAAAGAGUUCAAGUUCUUUUAGCACACUUUAAAACCUAACUAUGCAUAGACCUAGUCAGUUCCUUGAUUAACUACUUUGUAGCUUAAAAAAAAAAAAACACAACACUUAAAGGUCUGUUUUUUACAUACAACUUGACACACUUGAUAAUCUGUUUUCCUAGUAUUUUAUAGUACUAGCCAAACUGAAGGCUGGUGGCAGUGUUAUUGAACACUGACAGUUGAUUUUUUGAGAUAUGCUAAAAGGUGUUCCUUCAGUUGUAAAUUCUAUGUAAUUCACAAGGCAGGAGGUCAUUGUAAUGAAGGUCUAUGCUGGCAGCUAUGACUGUUGGACUAUUUUUAAAACUCAAGGCACAAGGACAAGAAUUUUUUUAAACCUCAAUGUGGUUCAACUGUCCUUUCCUUGCUUGGUGCCAUAGUCCUGUAGCAACAAAUUUAAGUACUUGGGAAAGUAAAAGAUAAUGCUUGAGUACAUAUACCUUGGGAGGAACACAUGCAUAAACUGAGUGAGCAAAAAAGGGAGCGAAAGUUAAAUAUCGCAUACCAUGGAAGUAUAUGACUGCUGUGUUUGCUAUUGCUUUAAGUAAAGCAGCUCUUUAAAAGUAUGUUUACUCUCAGGGCUAUUUGUUGGUUUGUUCUAAAAUAUGAUUUACUGAAAUUGAGAGUUUGAGAUUGUUGAAGGACACUGAAGCUGAGCCUUUUGAGAAGAAGAAAACUUUUGAAAAUAGGUUCUUGCAUCAUUUGUAUUGCUGUAAUAUCUGGAAAUGUUUUAAAUGUAAAUAUUAUACGCCUAUUAGCAGAUACAUUUGAAAAUUCUUAGUCCUACCUUAUAUAAAGCUUAUUGCUUCUGAAGUUGAGACUCAAAGAGUUAAAAGUUGCUAACUUCUGAAACGAGGGACAUGUGACAUUAAGAAAAAACAUUGGUAGUGAGGAAAAAAUGCAAGUCAUAUCCAUUAACCUUUCUUCUGCCUCAGGCCUAACUUCUUGUUGCUUAUUGAGUUCGAUAGAAUUCAGUGGCAUGGCAGUAAUGCCUUGCUGAAGGUCUGCUUGUUUAAACUGUAUGGUUUGAUACUUAUAAGGUGUUUUUUUUAAUGGAUGGACUUGCAGACCUUUCUUCAUCCAGAAUUGCUGCACACUUUUAAUAUAAAUAUCUUCAAGGCAAAGCUUGUAUGACAUUCUUGUUCUUAUGAAACUAAUAUAACUUGCAAAAAAGACCCUUGAUACCCAAACACUUGAGAAUGUCAGGACUGUACUUUCUCCAUAUAAUUCUGUAGUUUAAGUGUCCUUCAUCAAAUGCCAUAGUCUAAAGAUGUUGCGGUAGCUUAGACCAAAACCAGGUUAGUAUCUAUUAAAAUAAAAAAACAUCUCUUGAAAAGGUAAUGGAAAGUUCACCUUUCCUAACUGAGGGGGUGGAAAACACUGUGGAGAAUUUAUUUCAUUACAGUCUAAGAGUUGAUAUGAAAUUGUUUUUCUAAACCUGACUCUACAGGAAAACAAAACGACCAUUAAUUGCAAGAUGUACCUGUAUAUUUUCUUGACAAGAAUUUGUGAGUGUUUGACAGCUUUGGGAAUCAGUUCUGCUCUUGGCAUUUUGUUGAGACAAGGAAUGACCUAAAUGCAUUGUUAUGAAACUGUUACAAUUUGCAUGUCAAAUGGGGAGAGAAUGCUAACUAUUCAUAAGUGUUUGGUGAAAUUCCAGUCCUGCAUCCCAACCAACUUCAACAGUCUUUCUGAAUGCUCCAAAUGUAAAUGGAGUUCUGUUACUGCUUUCUUGAUUCAUUGCAUGUCAUCAGUAAAUACUUAGGUAUGGUCUUUGCUUAGUAGUUUUUCACUGGGAUUUGUAUUUGACUACGAGACUUCUGUAGUGUUGACAGGUGUAUCUGAAUUGCAGAAGAGGACUUGGCCUGAAAGCAGUGGAAGUUACAUUUAUUACGCAGAUUCAUUUUGAAACAACUCUCCUUGGAAAAUCUAAUAAGCUAAA